CUAGCUGAGGCGGCCGUGGCGGCGGAAGGUUCUCUCUCCAGGGCUGGACUUAAUAACUUUGGAACUGUCCUCCGGUGUCACGUCCUGAACAUGAGCCUCCUCCUCUCCUUCUACCUGCUCGGGUUGCUUGUCAGUAGCGGGCAAGCUCUUCUUCAAGUGACAAUUUCACUUAGCAAAGUAGAGCUUAGCGUGGGCGAAUCUAAAUUCUUCACAUGUACAGCAAUUGGUGAACCUGAGAGUAUAGAUUGGUACAAUCCUCAAGGAGAGAAGAUAAUUUCAACACAGAGGGUAGCAGUGCAAAAGGAAGGUGUUAGAUCACGAUUAACCAUCUACAAUGCAAAUAUAGAGGAUGCAGGGAUAUAUCGCUGUCAAGCAACAGACGCCAAAGGACAGACACAAGAAGCCACAGUUGUUUUGGAAAUUUACCAAAAACUCACUUUCAGAGAAGUGGUAUCUCCUCAAGAAUUCAAACAAGGAGAGGAUGCAGAAGUGGUUUGCCGAGUUAGCAGCUCACCUGCCCCCGCUGUCAGCUGGUUGUAUCAUAAUGAGGAAGUCACCGCUAUUUCCGACAAUCGCUUUGCUAUGCUAGCCAACAAUAAUCUGCAGAUUCUCAACAUCAAUAAGAGUGAUGAAGGUAUAUACAGGUGUGAAGGAAGAGUGGAAGCUAGGGGAGAAAUUGACUUCCGUGAUAUCAUCGUUAUUGUUAAUGUACCGCCAGCAAUCAGAAUGCAUCAGAAAUCCUUUAAUGCCACAGCGGAGAGAGGAGAAGAGAUGACAUUAUCCUGCAGGGCCUCUGGGUCCCCCGAGCCCUCCAUCUCCUGGUACAGGAAUGGCAAGUUCAUUGAAGAAAACGAAAAAUACAUAUUGAAAGGAAGCAAUACAGAACUCACUGUCAGGAACAUAAUUAAUAGUGAUGGGGGUCCUUAUAUCUGCAGGGCCACAAAUAAAGCAGGAGAAGAUGAAAAACAGGCAUUCCUGCAGGUCUUUGUACAGCCUCACAUAAUACAGCUUAAAAAUGAGACUACGUAUGAGAAUGGUCAAAUCACACUUACAUGUGAAGCCGAAGGGGAGCCCAUUCCAGAAAUCACUUGGAAAAGAGCAGUAGAUGGCAUCACGUUUUCUGAAGGCGAUAAGAGCCCAGAUGGCCGUAUCGAAGUCAAAGGGCAGCAUGGAAGCUCAUCACUGCACAUUAAAGAUGUGAAGUUGUCAGAUUCAGGGAGAUAUGACUGUGAAGCCGCAAGUAGGAUUGGAGGGCACCAAAAGAGCAUGUACCUUGAUAUUGAAUAUGCUCCCAAGUUUAUAUCAAACCAAACAAUUUAUUACUCUUGGGAAGGAAACCCAAUCAACAUAAGCUGUGAUGUGAAAUCUAAUCCACCAGCAUCAGUCCAUUGGAGAAGAGAGAAAUUAGUCUUACCAGCUAAAAACACCACUAAUUUAAAGACAUACAGUGCAGGGAGAAAGAUGAUAUUAGAGAUUGCACCUACAUCUGACAAUGACUUUGGAAGAUAUAAUUGCACAGCCACUAACCGUAUAGGAACAAGAUUUCAAGAAUACAUUCUUGCUUUGGCUGAUGUGCCAUCCAGUCCCUAUGGAGUGAAGAUUAUAGAGUUGUCACAGACCACAGCCAAGGUUUCUUUCAACAAGCCAGACUCCCAUGGAGGUGUGCCCAUUCAUCACUAUCAAGUGGAUGUCAAAGAAGUGGCAUCAGAAACCUGGAAAAUAGUACGCUCCCAUGGAGUUCAAACAAUGGUUGUUUUGAGCAACCUGGAACCAAAUACAACUUAUGAAAUCAGAGUUGCGGCAGUAAAUGGAAAAGGGCAAGGAGACUACAGUAAAGUGGAAAUCUUCCAGACAUUACCAGUUCGUGAACCAAGUCCUCCAUCCAUACAUGGGCAGCCAAGCAGUGGGAAGAGCUUUAAACUCAGUAUCACCAAACAGGAUGAUGGUGGGGCUCCUAUUUUGGAAUACAUUGUAAAAUACCGAAGUAAAGAUAAAGAAGAUCAGUGGCUAGAGAAAAAAGUACAGGGAAAUAAAGACCACAUUAUUUUGGAGCAUCUACAGUGGACAAUGGGGUAUGAAGUUCAAAUUACAGCCGCCAAUAGAUUGGGAUAUUCAGAACCGACAGUUUAUGAGUUCAGCAUGCCACCAAAGCCCAACAUUAUUAAAGAUACACUUUUUAAUGGUCUUGGGCUUGGAGCCGUCAUUGGCCUGGGGGUUGCGGCACUCUUGCUAAUCCUGGUGGUAACAGACGUCAGCUGCUUCUUCAUCCGACAAUGCGGGCUAUUGAUGUGCAUCACAAGGAGAAUGUGCGGGAAGAAAAGUGGCUCCAGUGGGAAGAGUAAAGAACUCGAAGAAGGAAAAGCAGCAUACCUGAAAGAUGGAUCAAAAGAACCAAUAGUGGAGAUGAGAACAGAGGAUGAAAGAAUUACUAAUCAUGAGGAUGGGAGCCCAGUAAAUGAGCCAAAUGAAACCACACCACUGACAGAACCUGAGAAAUUGCCUUUAAAAGAAGAAAAUGGAAAAGAAGUCUUAAAUCCAGAAACUAUAGAAAUUAAGGUUUCUAACGACAUCAUCCAAUCAAAAGAAGAUGACAGUAAAGCAUAACAGAUUACAGAGUCUUGAACAGCGCUACCAGGAGCAUUUGGAUUGCAGUGACCCUAUGACCAAAACUAUUCCAUUGACCUUAAUUUCUUGGGAAACUUCUAGCUUGGAAUAGCUUGUACACAUAUACAUAUGAUGAAAUAUUCCUGCCCAUGGUCCAUUACCUUUUGUUGUUGUCGUUGUUAUUGUUGCUGUUUAUUUUCUUAUGAAUUUCACCAUAGAGACCUGACUGGCACCACCUCCUGGGUAUCAAUUUGAUUCUGUGAUUCAAGUACUGCAAUUUGUUAUACAGCUGAAGUGCUCUGUUUCUUCAGAACUAUAUAUUUCAUCCAACAACCUCUCCAACACAUAGGGGUUUAAGAAAAUAAAAACAAAAGAAAACAAAAUGUUUGUGAACUCAAUGUAUAAGAAAGCCCUGCAUGUUUUUAAUCCUAUCUUGGGCAAAUAGAGUAUUAAGGUGGAUUUCAGUUUCAGAUGAAAACAGUUAAUAAAGGUUACACUUUUUAUCAAGAGAAUUUCAGGGAACUUGGGCUUGAAGGAGCCAGUUAUCUUUAGCAGAUAUUAAAAAUUGAGAGAAACUUUGGAAAAUUCUUUUUAAGUUAUAAUUACAGUGCUAUUUCAACGUUCAUUUUUGAUAGUCUAAAGUGCCAGAUUAAAAUUGUUACCCAUCUGAAAGAAUAUUACUUGUGUGUAAAAUUCGAUUAGAAGGAUUCCACAAAUCUCUUUAUAUAUGCCAUAAUCACUCACUAUGGAUUACACAAAACAAUAAAUGUAUUGCAAGUGAAAAUAAUAUUGAUUUCUGCCCUCAGCUUCAAAUAAAGUAAAUUGAAAUGGUAACAAUA